GAUGUUCUGUGCAAGCAUAUCGAGUGUUUGAGCUCUGCACACGAUAUCUAGGAAAAUAUGUAUGUACUCACGCUAACUGCUAGCGAAUCACUGAUUUAAUUCAAUGUUCAGUCACGAGUACCACGCUUUGAGGACGAAGUAAAAGCUGGUAGGCAAGCGCCAGGUACGUGCUCAAAUUGCGCGCCUUUGCAUUUCGCACAGCUGAUAGCGCAGCAAUGACAGAAUCUGCUGAUUCGAAGAAACAGCUUCUGUCUUUAUCCCAAACACCGUCAAAUUUCAACGACGAUGCGUUUCAACGGGAGCUCCUGCAACUUCGAGCCAGCAGGAUUCACACAUAUCCCACGACCAUCUUCGCCAGAGGUGGCCUCACUCCGACUGUGCCCUCGCGUAAUAGCAUAACUAUUACGGGCCGGAAUGUGUCCCGAGCUUCGCUGUUUGAAGCUUCGCCCUUCGACUCGGACGACGUCAGAGUCAUGCAGACAAUGUCGCCUGAGCAUAUGGAGCCAGCUGCGAGGACUCCGGAACCGCGGCCGCCGUCUUGCGAGAAGGUUGACGCCAAGACUCCGGAGUUCUAAGACAUCCUAUCGUCAUGCAACCUGAGCGGCGCAACCACUAGACUAAUUUGAAGUUGCCUAAAAAAAAAUCACAAACUGCGCAGCGUGGGUCGUCCUCCGACAACAAAAUAAAACACACUCCAUUCAG